AUGUCUGAAUAUGGAAGCAUCUUGGAAUGCCCUAAAUCAAAUUUGAAGAAAACCGAAACAGUGCAGAUCCAAAUUAAGGCAUUACGCAAGCAUCUGUUAGCCAAGACCCACCAGAACCCGCGUUCAGUAACCUGGGUCCAAUUCGGUCCCUUACGGGUGGAGAAUGCGGCGAUCCGCGCUCUGAAGGUGUCUGACGCAAUCAGGGGACUUGCCUCCCCACAAGUACUUUGUGCUUGGACCAGCGGGGAGAAGACCCCUAAGCUUUUGGGAACAACGGGAGUUGGUGUUUCAAGAGGCAAUUGA